AUGUCCACUUCUACCGUUUCCAUCGGCGAGUUUGCCUUCGGCGGUUGUAUCUCUCUGCCUGUGGUGCGCGUGCCAGAGUCGGUGAUCUAUGUAGGCCCUUGGGCUUUCUCUUCGUGCAGCUCGCUCAGAACGGCUUACCUUGGCGACCAUGUCAAUGUCAUCAACGAGGGGAUUCUGGCUUAUUGUCCAGAGCUGGUGCACGUGACCAUCCCCAGCUCGGUGACCGUAAUUUCUGCGAGUGCAUUUCGCUCUUGCUACAGUUUGGAGUCAGUCGACCUUCCCGAUUCGGUCGAGGAGAUUGGUUCAGAAGCAUUCUUUUCGUGCAGCUCGCUCAUGAAUGUGCGCAUCCCUGACUCAGUCGUCGAAGUCCAGACGCAUGCGUUUGCUGGGUGCACUGCCCUGAGUCAUGUGACAAUCGGUUCUUCACUGCGAGUUGUGGGCGUAGCACCUUUCGAGGGCUGCUGCAACAUAACUGAUGUCACUUCUUGGUCUGAAACUAAGCUCGAUUCUGUUUUCGACGGAUGUUCACGCAUCACAAACGUUACGAUUGCUGCAGGCGGAGGCCAAAAAUCAAUGUUUGAGAAUUGCGACCAUAUUGUCACUCUUAGCAUCCAGGCUACAGAGAUUGUUGCAGAGGCAUGGGCAGACUGCACGUCUCUGCAAUACCUGGCCAUUGGCGACACAGUGGUGUACAUCGGGGAACGGGCCUUCAAGAACUGCUCGCAGCUACCCACUAUUUCUCUUGAUGGCUCAGUCACCGCCAUCAGGGAUGAGGCGUUCAGAGAUUGUUCCUCACUAUCAUCAGUUGUCCUUGGGAGCAAUCUUGACUACCUUGGAAUCGAUGUGUUCGGCGGCUGUCAUUCGUUGACUGCCGCAACAAUACCGUCGCCGCUCCCCAGAAGCAUUGGCGAUGUCUUCGACUGUACGAUCAUCACCUCUGUGACCUUCCUUGGGUCAACGACCAGCGUCGCCGAUGAAGCUCUGAAAGGCUGCACUUCUGUGGCCUCUGUGCAUAUGUUCGACAACGUCACCGCUAUCGGAGCAGAUGCUUUUGCUCAGUGCUCUCACCUGUCUGCAGUCACGAUGUCAAGCCGAAUUCUUUCAGUAGGGGCUCGGGCUUUCCUGGACUGUUCGAGAAUCGUGAACCUGUCCCUAAGCGAUACCAUUGAAUCUAUAGGUUGGAGCGCGUUUCAGGGCUGCGCGUCUUUGGUUCACGUGGAGAUCCCUCCCAACGUUGACAGCAUCGCUGACUUCACCUUCUCUGGUUGUAGUGCUUUGCAGAGCCUGACCGUGCGUGGCCUUGGUCGACGACUGGAUGAAGAGGGCUCUUCCCGAAUUCAAACUAUCGGUGAACACGGUUUCUACGGUUGUUCACGUCUCAAGGAUUUAUAUAUUGGUGAUUCUUUACGUGCUGUCGGCAAAUCUGCUUUCGCUGGCUGUUCCUCUUUGUCAUCAACGCCAAACUUGAAUGGACUGACAGUGCUGGAGGAUUAUGUGUUCGCUAACUGCACUGCGUUGGUACACGUUUUUAUUCCUGACGGGGUAUCCGCCAUCAGCCAGGGCGCGUUUAGUAAUUGCAGUUCUCUGCAGAGCGUCGAAUGGGGCAUUGCAUUGGAUUGGGAAGGCAAUAACACGAUCACGAUUGGCAAGUCUGCUUUCGGAUAUUGCUCAUCGCUGAGAAACUUGACCAUUCCAGCUUCAGUGAUUGAGAUACAGGAAGGUGCCUUUCAGUAUUCUUCACUCGACUGGUCUACCUUAUCCAUCCACCCGCGGGAGGGCCGUAUCAUUCAUGACUCGGCGUUUCCUUCCAGCAUCGAUGAAUUCCUCCCCAGCUCCUGCAAAGAAGGAUUCGAAUUUACCCUUAAUGGAUGUGCGUGCUACAAGGGCAAGAUGUAUGAGGAAAGCUCUGGUACAUGCCGCACAUGCGGAGAGUAUUUCGAUUGCCCUGGCGGACACAUCGUCCACAGAGACCUCGGCAUCGAUAAGACAGUCAAAGUCAAGGAGGGUUAUAUGACGCUUGAUGACGACCCGUUUUCAGUUUAUACAGGGUGCGUUCAUACGGUACGCUGCAUGGGGGAACGCCACGUCCUUAGCUCCAUGUGCACUGCAGGUUUUGACUCGGCGUCAGCACGGUGUGCAGAGUGCUUGCCAGAGUUGUACCUAACUGAUGGAAGGUGUGAGCCGUGUGCGGAAGUGACUGUCAUACUUGUGGUUGGCAAGUGGCUUGUCAGUUUAGUGACCCAGCUUGUAUUAAAUAUUGCAUUUUACAUCAAUGUCAAUAGCCCCAAAACUGCCAGUCAAGGGACGAUCGAAUCGUUGGUCGAGUUUAUCCAGAUAGUUCAGACCCUGAGCCGCUUAGACAUCACGGCGCCGCCCAUCCUUGAUACGUUCUUCACUUAUCUGGAACUUCUUAGCAUCCCAGGCAUCUUCAAGACCCUUGAUUUUAAGCCAGAGUGUACUUUCGGUAGUUUUGGCGGCACUAUCACGUACCAGAUGUUGCAGCAGACUGGGACGCCGCUGAUACUUUUCACGAACCUGGCAUUGAUGCAAAUGCUGUUCGUUCUGUGCAAUAGGACUCUGAAGCGUGAUUUUGUCCACAAUUUGGUCUGUCUUGUCUUCUCGGGUUUGUUCGUGUCUUUGGUGACACUGUCGCUCUCUCUAUUCUACACGGAGCGGAUGCCCAACGGGAAGGACAUGCGGAUCAUUGCUUUCCCACAGCUGGAGUACGGAUCCCCCUCAUGGACAGUGUAUUUGCCGAUCAAUCUGUUCGCGACUUGUGCGUACGGGCUCACCAUCUAUACCUAUGUCGCGUAUACUGUAUUCACUGCGCCAAGGCGGAUCGGCACCGAGCGCGGAUUCAUUGCACGGUACAGGUUCUGUUUCGGUACCAAGCGUCCAGACCGCUGGUGGUGGAUCUUGGUGAAGAUGUCCUUUGGAUUGUCCCUUUGCCUUGUGCAGGUUGUCCUCCCAGCUAACAAUGUGCAUUCUCAUGUCUACACAAGCGCGCUGUUCAUGUUCGUGAUUACCGUAAUCCUGUACGGUGCUUGGCCUUGGAAGUUUGAUUCCAACAAUUGGGUGGAAGUGAUGUGCAAAAUUGCUUUGAUAGUUCUCUUGAUGCUUACAACCGCUUUCAUUGAUGUUAGUAGCAUGCCGAAGUCGGAGCGAGACCAGAUGAAUAAUGUUUGGGCGCACGUCAUUAUUUUUACUUUGAUCGGUGCUUUCACAUUUUGUUUUGUUCUAUCUGGCACGGUGGCGGAUUUGUGA